GCAAAUCAAUCUCUUUUCUUUGCGUUCUUUGUACUCCAUAUAUAUGGUAAAACAAAUAUACCCUUGUAUUGCAUGUACUGGGUUAGAUGGACCGGCAAUGGACCUGAAUCUGCCGAUUCGGUUCUAAUCCGGUCCAAACUGGACCAGUUCAGGUCCGGUUCCCGAUCUGGGGUAUUUUAUGUACACCCUUAAUUAAAAGUACGGAGUAAGUAAUUAGUGAAAAAAGUAAAAAAAAAAAAAAACCUUACCAAUACUCCAUAACUAAAGUGGUUUGAAAGUUGAAACUUAUUUCAUGGUAUAACGAAUACGGAUCCUUAGUCUUGGGUUAAUGGACCCUUGAGCGCUUCAGCCCCAGGCAGGCAGUCACCACAUUCCAUAAUCCAUAGUCCAUAACUCCAUACACUAAAACAUAUUCUCUCUCCUUAAACCCUAAACCCCAAGCCUGUCGUUCAAAAUUACUCAUCCAGUUCUCCAUUGAAGCGCACUUCACGCUAGCUUCUGAGGGUUUGGUUUAUAUUACCCUUUAAUGUCGAAACAAAACCAUGAAAAUGGACCUUUUGUCCGUGGGCACAAUGCUCGGAAACAACCAGAUUUCGAAGCUUUAAAGGAGCUUUUUCAGCAUCACAUCGACUCUUUUGAUCAUCUGAUAGAGAAUGGGUUAGAAACUAUGAUGGGCAGUUUGAAGCCUGUUACUGUUCGUAAUGCCUUUACUGGAGACAAGCUCACAAUUUCUAUUGGUCAUCCAGAGUUGUUUCCUCCUCUUAAGGAUAACAAGGGAAUGACCAAGGCUUUGCUUCCUUAUGAGUGUCGUCAAGCAAAGAUAUCGUAUUCCGGGAAGCUAAAGGCUGAUGUUUGCUUCCAAUAUAAUCAAGGAGCUGUUAUUAGGGAGAGCUUUAAUUUCGGGCAGUUCCCUGUGAUGUUGAAGUCCAAGAUCUGCCAUCUCAGAAAUGCGUCUGCUCGGAAAUUGGUUUCUAACAGAGAGGAGGCAGCAGAGAUGGGUGGGUAUUUCAUCUUAAAUGGGAUUGAGAGGAUCAUUCGACUACUAAUAAUGCAAAAACGGAACUAUCCGAUGAGCAUGGUUCGAGGUUCAUUUCGUGCUCGUAGAGAAGGUUAUAGUGAUAAGGCAGUUGCCAUAAGAUGUGUUCGAGAAGACCAGUCUGCUCUUACUGUGAGACUGUAUUAUCUCAAUAAUGGAAGUGCUAGACUUGGAUUUGGGAUUCAAGGGAAAGAAUUCUUGCUUCCUGUGGGCAUUCUUCUAAAGGCAUUUAUUGAGGCUACUGAUCAUGAAAUAUAUGUGGCAUUGACAUGUUCCUACAAUGAGCAAUAUGAGGGAGUAAAAGGGUCUGUCGGCACACAACUUAUUGGAGAAAGAGCUAAAAUUAUUCUUGAUGAGCUGCAUGGAUUAUCGCUUUUGACACGUCGCCAAUGUCUUGAGCAUAUUGGACAGAGCUUCCAACCUGUCAUGGAUGGGCUAGAAAAUGAAGGCUAUUUAGUUGUUGGAAACGCUGUGCUAGACGAUUUUAUAUUUGUCCACCUUGGCUCCAAUAACUACGACAAGUUCAAUCUUCUAAUAUUCAUGUUGCAGAAGCUCUUUUCAUUGGUAGAUCAGACAUCUGUACCAGACAAUCCAGAUGCGUUGCAAAACCAUGAAGUUUUGCAAGCUGGUGAAUUGGUGUCCAUUUAUCUGAAGGAUAAACUACAGGAAUGGCUUUAUCGAUCAAGGAAGAUUCUUAAUGAUGAAAUGAGCCAAAAAGGCGAAAAAUUUGAUCUCAGCAGCUUAGGAGAUGUCAAGAAGCUGUUAAACAAAAAUCCCUCUACACAGAUUGGAACUGCUAUCGAGAAUUUGCUGAAAACAGGAAGAUUGGCAACAAUGUCAAGUCUGGACUUGCAGCAGAAAGCUGGCUUUGCUAUUCAGGCUGAUAGGCUGAACUUCCUGCGUUUUCUUUCGAAUUUUCGAGCUGUUCAUCGAGGUGCUGCAUUUGUUGAUGCUCGUACUACUACCGUGCGGAAGCUGCUUCCUGAGGCUUGGGGUUUUUUGUGUCCUGUGCACACUCCUGAUGGAGGGCCUUGUGGAUUGCUAAAUCAUUUGACCUGUACAUGUAGAAUUACAUCCUUCUUUGACGAUCAAGGUGAAAUGAAAAACUUUGUCACAAUGAGAUCCUCUAUCAUCAAAGUCUUGGUGAAGAUGGGAAUGAAAUCAUCAUUGCCAAAAAUUGUCCAAGCUGGUCCUCCUGAAGUUAUUUCUGUCCUCCUUGAUGGGCGAGUAAUUGGAACCAUACCGUCUGGUCAAGUUGAGGAUGUUGUCAAACACUUGCGGAGAUUGAAGCUGUCUGCAGCCACAGUGGUUCCAUGUGAUCUGGAAGUGGGCUAUGUUCCAUUGAGCUUUGGUGGUGCUUAUCCUGGAUUAUUUUUAUUUACAAAUCCUUCUAGGUUUAUUCGUCCAGUUAAAAAUAUCUCUAUUCCUUACGAAGAUAGUAAUGAUAUUGAACUAAUUGGCCCAUUUGAACAGGUAUACAUGGAAAUUCAAUGUCCUGAUGGUGGAGAUCAAGGGAGACGAGAAAAUUUUCCUGCAACUCAUGAGGAAAUACAUCCUACAGGGAUAUUAAGUGUUAUUGCUAAUCUUACGCCAUGGUCUAAUCACAAUCAGAGUCCACGUAAUAUGUAUCAAUGCCAGAUGGCAAAACAAACUAUGGCCUUUUCGUCUCAAGCAAUUAAGUUUCGUACAGAUCAAAAGGCAUAUCAUCUUCAGACUCCUCAAAGUCCGAUUGUGCGCACAGGUUCCUACACCAAGUAUUGCAUCGAUGAAUAUCCUUCUGGGACCAAUGCAAUAGUAGCAGUUCUGUCUUAUACUGGAUAUGAUAUGGAAGAUGCCAUGAUUUUGAACAAAUCAUCUGUUGAUCGUGGGAUGUGUCAUGCUCAGAUAUAUCAGACAGAAACUAUUGAUUUGACUGAAGACGGCAGCAGAUCUGAUCGUUCCAGCAAAACUUUUCAAAGAAGUACUGUUGAUCAAUCAGCACAUUCGUUGAUUGAUAUGGAUGGACUUCCCUACGUUGGGCAGGUAAUACAUCCUGGUCAGCCAUACUGCAGUGUGUACAAUAGCACAAGUGGCACAGUAUUUACUCACAAAUUGAAGAGUUCAGAGACGUCUGUGGUUGAUUAUGUAGGCAUUGAUGGAAAGAAUAAAAAAGAACUUCAAAAGGCUAAUAUUCGGUUUCGACGUCCAAGGAAUCCUAUUAUCGGGGACAAAUUUAGUAGCAGGCAUGGGCAAAAAGGUGUUUGCUCUCGGUUGUGGCCAGAUAUUGAUAUGCCAUUUUCUCAUAGUACUGGGAUGCGCCCCGAUCUUAUCAUCAAUCCGCAUGCAUUUCCUUCAAGGAUGACAAUUGCAAUGCUUUUAGAAUCCAUUGCUGCUAAGGGUGGCAGCUUGCACGGUAAGUUUGUUGAUUCAACACCAUUUGAAGACUCACUCAAGAAAGCUAAUGGAGAGCAUGGAUCCGAAUCAAGUUCACUUGUUGAUGAACUUGGAACCAUGUUAACGGCUCAAGGAUUUGAUAGAUUUGGUACUGAAGUAUUGUAUAGUGGAGUUUUUGGAACAGAACUAACGUGUGAGAUCUUUAUUGGGCCUGUUUAUUAUCAAAGGUUGCGGCACAUGGUUUCAGACAAAUUCCAGGUUCGUUCAACUGGAACAGUGGAUCCGAUAACACGACAGCCUAUAAAAGGUAGAAAGCUUGGUGGAGGUGUUCGGUUUGGAGAAAUGGAGAGGGAUGCGAUGCUUGCCCAUGGUGCUGCUUAUUUACUGCAUGACAGGCUACAUAAAAGCUCAGAUUAUCAUGUUGCUGAUGUGUGCUCUCUUUGUGGAAGCAUCCUCUCUGCAACUAUUAUCGAACCACACAAGCAGGUGGUGCAAAAAAUUAAUGGGCUACCUCCUGCAAGGGCUCCCAGAAAGGUUUUUUGCCAUUCUUGUCAGACCAGCAAAGGAAUGGAAACAGUCGCUAUGCCUUAUGUUUUUAGAUAUCUAGCAGCAGAACUGGCCGCUAUGAAUAUUAAGAUGACCCUCGAGCUAAGUAAUGGAGCAGGAGCUUGAUAUGGAGUCUGACACCUAUGAUGAAGCUAAAUAGCAAGUUGUAUCAUUUGAUGCAGGGCACUUGGAAAUUAGAAAGUAGUACAUAUCUUCCUGAAUUGAUGCAAGGGGUGUGAUGCAAGGAUCGGAUUUACAUGGUACAAACUCUCUGCCCAGCAUAUUUAUCUGAAGAAGAUCAAACCCCCAGGGGUUCCGAAAGCUCACAGUUUUGCUAAAUUAUACAACUUCCACAUUUUACAGCAAGGGUGGAAAUUGUACUAGUUGUAUUCUUAAGUUUAUACAUAGUAUAUUCUUUUUUGAAAUGAGAUUUUAUUUUUUAAUCCUGAGUCCCCCCCUCUCCGUCUCUCUUGUUCAA